AUGGCGUCUGGGCUCGAGAUGGGGUAUUGGCAUUCCCAGUGGAGAGGUGAUCUGGUGGCCUAUCUGUCGCGGCUGAUCCUCACUAACUACCGGAAUUUUCGCCAACUGGAACUCGAUUUGCCUUCAGGCGUUUCGGUUUUUUAUGGCGCCAACGCUGAAGGCAAAACCGCCCUGCUGGAGUCGGUUUACACUCUGGCAGUGGGACGGUCAUUCCGGGCCGGAAGCGAACGGCAGGUGGUGAAUUUCGACGCGGGAAGCAGUGGACAGGCGGCCUACGUAGCGGGAAUCGCCUGUCGCGACGGCCAGACCAUCAAUGCCGUGGUGGGCUAUGAGCCUGUCGGCGCUGGCGACGGUUUAUCGCAAACCAAUACCCAGGAGCCCGGCGCUGCUGACUCUGUUGUUGCCGCCCCGUUCCCGAUGGUGCGGAAGCGGAUCAGGGUCAAUCGGCAGCCAUCCACGGCGGCCAAUCUGGUCGGGUUGAUCGGCGCCACCCUGUUUGUCGCGGAUGACCUGGAUCUGGUGCUGGGGUCUCCGACCAACCGGCGCCGCUAUCUCGACAUACUGAUCAGCCAGGCGGUGCCUGAUUACCUGGCGGCGUUGCAACGUUAUCAGGCGGCAUUGCGGAGCCGGAACCGCUUGCUGCGUCUGCACCGGGAUGGGCGGGUGGAGCCGGACGAGAUGGAAUACUGGAACGAUCAACUGGUGGGAUGCGGGUCAUUGCUGGUAUUGGGUCGGGCCAAAGCGUUGAAACACCUGGCGGUUUCGGCUGACGAGUUGCAUCGGGAAUUGGCAGGGUCCGGGCGGACGCUGCGACUGGUUUACCAACCGCGGGUCCCGCCGCAGGACUCAAUUGAGAAUACGGAGCUGGAAUUUCGCCGGCAGUUGCAGCAGCAAGCAUCGCGGGAGAGGGCGACCGGCGUUACAGCAGUGGGCCCGCAUCGCGACGAUUUCAUCAUAGUGUCCAACGGAUUGCUGGCCAGCGACUUCGCCUCCAGGGGCGAGUCGCGAACCAUCGCGCUGGCGCUGCGGCUGGCAGAGGCCGAAUACCUGUCUCGCAUACGCGCCGACGAUCCCAUCAUUCUGCUGGACGACGUGUUCUCCGAGAUGGAUAACGAAAGGCGGCAGCGAGUGCUAUACAAGGUGUCAGGAUACCGGCAAGCGCUGUUCACCACCACCGACGUGGAACCGGUGCGCGCGCAUUUUGGUGCAGCCGCCACCUAUUUCCGCGUCGCUGACGGUGCGGUGUCCCUGGACGCGUGA